AUGGCAGCUGAGAGUCUUGCUGAGCUCCGGGAUUGGCUUUUUCUGCUUCUCCUGUGCCUCACCUUAUUGGCUGAGGUGCUGGAACUGGCGGCAGCGGCAAUUGCCAUGGAGACGGGCGAGGGAGAUGAGGGCAUUGUUUGUCCCUCAGUCUGCCGCUGUGAUGAGGGUUUUGUCUACUGCAACGACCGUGGCCUCAGCAUAAUUCCUCCACUACCGUUAACGGCUGCCAUCCUCUACUUGCAGAGCAACCGGCUGAGUAACGCCGGGCUGCCUCCGUCACUGGAACGCAGCACUUCUAUACGAGUGAUUUACUUGUAUGCCAACCAGUUGGAUGAAUUCCCUAUACAUCUGCCGCCUUCGUUACGGGAGCUCCAUUUGCAGGAUAAUAAUAUACGAACGUUACCGCGGUCAGCUCUGGCCAAAUUACCAUUACUAGAACGUUUACACCUGGAUGAUAACUCUAUAUCUACAGUUAGCAUCCAGGAGAGAGCUUUUUCUGGGACUCCACGGCUUCGACUGCUGUUUCUGUCUCGGAACCACCUGUCAAGCAUCCCUGCAGGCUUGCCAGCUUCCUUGGAAGAGUUGCGACUAGACGACAAUAGAAUUAGCACCAUCCCCACACAUGCCUUCCGGGGGCUCGCCUCACUGCGACGUUUGGUCCUGGAUGGGAACCUGUUGGCCAACACACGCAUUGCAGACGACACCUUUUCCCGUCUCUCCAACCUGACUGAGCUGUCACUUGUGAGGAAUGCCCUGCAGUCACCACCUGUCAACCUGCCAUCAGCUCACCUAAUACGACUCCAUUUGCAAGACAAUGGAAUGACCCACAUACCAAGGGGGGCGCUGGAUGGGAUGCGGCGGCUACAGAGGCUGGACCUGUCAGGGAACAAUCUGACCACUCUCCCCCGAGGACUUCUGAAGGACACAGAAAGCCUGGAGAUGUUACUGUUGCGGGGAAACCCCUGGUACUGCGGCUGCAACCUUCGCUGGCUCCAUGCCUGGCUGCACGGCCGGGGGGCAGCAGUGACAGUCAGAGGUCUGACCUGUCAGGGGCCUGAGCCUGUAAGGGGCCAGACCCUGAGAGACCUAACCUCCCUGAUUGAGCAGUGUGAAGGCUCCCCUGCUGGUCCAAGUACUGGACUCGGAGUGAACCCAGCAGAAAAAGAAGGAGGAGGUGAAGAUGGUGUUGGAGGGGGCCAAGCAGUGGCUUCAGUCCCCCAUGGCAGCACCACCACUACCUCUCUGUUGGUCCCCACACAGGGUUCCCUCUUUACCCUGCGAGCCAAGCGGCCAGGCCUUGUUAUGCCUCUGCCUCCCAGUGAAGGGGGACAGGUAUCUGGAGAGGCCUUGGAGCUGACUGUAAAACCUCUCUCUUCGGACAGUGUACUGGUCAGUUGGCUGUGCCCACAGCCGGCACCCUCCUUUCGCUUGUCAUGGCUGAGGUUGGGUAGCAGUGCAGCUCUUGGUUCAAUAACAGAGACUUUGGUUCCUGGAGAGAGAAGACAGUACCUCCUUACCCAGCUCACCCCACGCUCACAUUACCUCAUCUGCCUGCUGCCACUACGACAGGAGCCCUCCUUUGGGGGUUCUAGCAUGGGUUCAUCUCGAGCUGGCAGCAUGGACACGGACAAUAAAGACUUGGCUCCGGCCUGUGCUCAGAUAGAGACUGGAGAAGCUCUGGUCAGCUCAGGAGGGGAGGGGUCAGAUAAAGAUGGACAGGACUCAGAGCUAACAGCCCUGCCAUUGGCUGGGAUCAUAGGGGGUGCCACAGCAUUGGUAAGCCUAUUGUUAAUAUUUGGCAUCUUCUGCUGGUAUGGACAGAGAGCAGGUUACAUGUCCGGGGACUCAGGCUCAUACAGCAGAGGCCGGGGUGGAAAACAUUUUGAUGACUAUGUAGAGUCAGGCACCAAGAAAGACACUUCCAUCUUAGAGAUCAGGGCCCCUCCUGCAGGGUUUCAGAUGACAGCUAUGGCCCAUCAGCCACUUCAGCCGAAGCUGGAGGAUGUCACCUACAUCCACACCAUUUUCCCCUCCUCUUCCUCUUCCUCCCAAGCUAACGGGACCUACCGGAGCACCCAUGGAGCUGGCAGCCUCAACGGCACCAUCCUCAGCCAAACCAGCCACCAUCAUGUCACUUAUGGUACCAACCGUGGCUACAGAGAGGGUGGCAUCCCCGACAUAGAUUAUGCCUACACGUGA